GGCACGAGGAAGAUUCAACAGCGACAUAACUUGGUCUCUGUAGAUUCAUCUUGGUCCGGCCCAAAUAGAGGAAACCACAGCAGGACCAGGUCCGCUCAGAUUAAAAUGGAGACGAGAGCUUUGAAGAACCCGUACCCGGACUAUGAUGGGAGCCCUGCGUGCACACUGGCACUGUUUGACUCUCAGGGCAAGCUCACACCACAGUUUGCCCAGCGGUUGAGCAGUAAGAUCACCGAGCUUUUAGCCAUCAUGGAGAAUGGCCUCCGGUCUGCUGACCCGAGGGACUGCACCAGCUACACUGGCUGGACAGGCAUCGCUCUGCUCUACCUUCACCUCCACAGCGUGUUCGGGGAGCCGUCCUUCCUCCUGAAGGCUCACGACUAUGUAAGCCGAAGUCUGAGGUGUCUGACCCGUCGCCAUGACGUCACCUUCCUGUGUGGGGAUGCAGGGCCGCUGGCGGUGGCUGUAGUGGUCCACCACCGCCUGCAGAGGGUGCAGGAGGCCGACGAGUACCUGAACAGACUGCUGCAGUUCCACCUGAUGGUGGUGAAGGGAUCUGGAGGACUGCCUGAUGAACUGUUGUAUGGGCGGAUGGGCUAUCUCUACUCACUGGUCUUUAUCAACCAGCAGCUCGGUGAGCGGAUCCCCCUGCAGUAUAUACAGCAGAUCUGCGAGGCUGUUCUUGGGUCCGGGGAGAACCUGUCUAAGAGGUUUGGGGUCCGAGACCAAAGCCCACUGAUGUAUGAGUGGCAUCAGGAACAGUAUGUAGGCGCUGCGCAUGGCCUCUCCGGUAUCUACUACUAUCUCAUGCAGCCUGGUUUUCUGGCUGCCGGUGCAGAGCGGGUCCCCAGCCUGGUGAAGCCCAGUGUGGACUACGUCUGCCGCCUCCGGUUACACUCCGGUAACUACCCUCCAUGCAUCGGUGACGACCGCGACCUGCUGGUGCACUGGUGCCACGGCGCUCCGGGGGUCAUCUACAUGCUGCUGCAGGCCUACAAGACGUUCGGCGUGCCGCAGUACAUGGAGGAAGCCCUGUGGUGCGGGGAGCUGGUUUGGCGUUUCGGCCUCCUGAAGAAAGGUUACGGUUUGUGUCACGGUGCCGCUGGGAACGCCUACACCUUCCUGGCUCUCUACCGACAAACCCACGACCUCAAACACCUGUACCGAGCCUGCAUGUUUGCUGACUGGUGUAUGAACUAUGGUGCACACGGCUGCCGGACACCAGACACGCCAUUCUCACUUUUUGAAGGUAUGGCAGGCACCAUCUAUUUCCUGACGGACCUUCUGCAGCCAAUGAAAUCAAAGUUCCCAGCAUUUGAGGUGUAAAGGUAUCACCACGCCCCCCACCCCGCUCAGCCACAUGUUGAAACUCGGUGUAACGCCAUAAUCUGCUCUAAUGCUUGCACAACACUCUCACACACUGCAUCAAUGUGUAUAUACUUUCUUGGAUGAGCGAUUUUCUUGGGGGUGCAGUAUCUCGCUGUUCCCCCGGCGUCUCGUCUCAUUGACUUGAUGGCAUGCGCGCCAAAAUGAUUGACUCUGGAUAUGGAUUUGGAUGUGUAUCAGCCACUCAGUUCCACUGAGACUCUGACAUCUUAUUAAAAUGAGAAAUGUGAAUCGCUGCUCUAUUUUACCCGAUCAUCAUCUCUGAUGUUUCACAUUUCAGAGAUGAUGAUGGCGUAAAACAGAUUUCUGUCCCUUUUUUUUGGUCCAUUUUAUGUAAAUAGGUUGUUAGAAGUCAUUGCUCGGUUUGUAAACGCAAAAGAAAAUGUUCAGCUGUUUCUGGAAUGAAUAUAAUAACUAUGUUGAACUUCGGUGGUGUCGUUAACAAAAACUUUUUGCAGUUAAAUCUGUUGUUCUGUCAUGGGUGUUUAAGAAAAUAACUUUAUUUUGCUUUAUUUUCCACUUCAAGGAAUGUUCUUUAUGGAUUACAAGCAUCAGUGGCUGAGCUCGGUCAGUCGUGCUGUCCAGUGUAAAAUACUGCAGAAGCUGUGUUGCUAAAAUAUGCACCAGGGUUGUGUUUUCAGUGUUAAAUACCUUGACAGUUGAUGUUCUGAAAUUAUCUGAACAAUAAACGUGUACUAAAAU